GGCGGCUAAAACUCGAUUAAAGGUUAACAUACCUUGUACCUAGGUAAUUUUGAGCUACAUCAUUAUAUCCCGUGCUCUCCAUCCCCAAAGCCGAACCUUACCGAAGACUUCACUUACACCUAUAUGCCCAUAGGUAUGAAUAUAUUUAAUAACUACCUAGGUAUAAUUUACAGGUCUACAAAUGUAAUAAGAUAUUCAUUUUUGAUUCAUAUCCUCCGGGUUCUCUUCUGAGUAGAGAGUCUAUGAAGUUUCGACUCAAUCAUACUUCUAUUUAUAGAGCUUAUUCCAGCUGGAUAUAGUCAUAAUUACUGAGUUGCGCCGGUGAGAGAGUAGGCAUAACCACGAUGGAUAAAGAUGAUAGCGAGAGCACAACUCCUCGGGACGCAAAAGGCAAAGGUAUUGCAACGAAAACAGAUAACUUGUCGUCCGAAUCAACAGCGCAGGAUGGGCAUUCAAGUUCUGUUGAAGUAACCUCAGACACGACCUCAUUCAUAUCAAGACUAAGCGCAUCCGCGGGCAAACUCACUAAUGAAAUCGUCUUACGGCAUCCUAGCGGCGCCUCUCUAUCAGACGCCUUGCCCUCAGAUAAAGCUGAAUCCUCCAGGUCCGGGAGAAGCGCGGGUGUGAAUGAGGCGUCAAUGUACAGGAAUAACUUUGCCCAGGGGACGAUUCCAGAUACGUUUAAAUCUAUACCGAGACAGGAACAAGAAGUCCUAGGUGAAUCCGGUUUCUCAUCCUUUCUCAACAACACAAUUACGUUAGGAGAAACGGAGCCUAGCGACAUCAAGAUCGGGAGAUACGGGCAGAUACACGAACCUGCACUUGGGGGGACACAGCAAACUAGACCAAUAAUCAACACAACCGACGGCAUGGACGUUGUUGAUUUUCUCGAUUUAGGGUAUGACGAAGUUGAGGAAAUAGAUACGGCCUUGACGGACAUCGAACAAGCAGCUCUACGUCAUCAUCUUUUCGAGAAUGGCGAAUCCGGGGAACAUACUUCAAGGGGACAGUGGGACGAUGCUCUGAACUUCUUUCCUGGUCUUGGGUCGAAUAGUAGUAACAUACAGGAAUAUGCUGACUUGCUCGGCACAUCAGAUUUGGAAGAAGCUAAGAAUAUCUGGGUUAACCAGUGGCAAGGGGUCCUCUCCAGUUAUACGGAUGAAGUAUGGGGAGAGCUCGGGUCUCUCGUAAAAGUGGCUCGAGAGGAGCUUACUAACAUUUCGGAGCCUCGUGAAGAAGCCUCGCCUUCGAAGUUAAAGGCAGUGCGAAGGCUUCAGCAGCUUUUGAGCCAUAUCCGCGGGACACGGAAUACUGAAAGCUCAUAAGCUCAGAACAAGGCAUGUAAGAUAUUCUUUCACUGUUCGUCGACCUGGAAUUUGGGGGGAAUAUAUAUAGAGUCUAAGGGAGCCACUGUAUUAUAAUCAUAUUCAUGAUUAUAUGACUUUCUUUAAGGGGAAUUGCGUUAUAUAAUAUUGCAUAGCAACUGUGUAGGUUAGGUAUAUAUGAUACCCGAGGUUAUAACUUUAUUAGCUAGGUAGUCACAUAUAAUAAUAAUUU